GACCAUUGGAUCACAAAAACAUGAAAAAUCAAAGGGUGCAAGUAUCUUAAAAGGCAUGCAAGUGUUGUCACAUUAGCAUUCCUCAUGGUAAUAAAUUAUGUCUUGUUUUUGUGGUACAAAACCAAAAAAAUACAAAGUAAAAGUUCGUUAGACAAAUCCAAAAACAGAGAGACGGUUAUGGGCUGUGGUGAUCUUCCUCUUCCGUGAUCACCACCUCCACUUUGUCAUCGUGGCGGUUGCCGGUGGCUGUAACGGCCAAGAACAAGUUAUUAUUGAUAAAAAGAAAUGGCAUAUAAGAGAAGACAAGGAAUCACUAGGGCAUCAACGUUCAAAGAAGAGAUUUAUCGCCCACCAGAACAUGACCACCACCAUGAUAACAUCAACAAAAAUAGUAAUAAUAACGAUGACACAUUGUUUACAACAUCUUCUUCAUCCCCAUCUCUGGCUGCUCAGGCUAUUAGGGCAUCUGCUGCUCAUCGUGAAUCAUCCCUUUCUUCUGCAUAUGCUGGUGGCUCUAUCUCUCAGAGAUCUAAGGUGUUCGAUGCAUAUGAAGACAAACUGGGAACAAAUGGGUCGAAGGGUUUUUGGGGUGUUCUUGCUCAGAAAGCAAAAGCAAUUAUCGAGGAAGAUAAUUUGUCUCAACAAUUUGAAACAUCAGCAAGAUCCAGGUUCCAGAUGCCAGAUACCUCUGCAGGUGGUCAGUAUUCAUACCGUACACCUGAGGGCUUUAGGAAAAUGGAUAAUCCUACACUGCGAAAGGGCUUGGAUAAGAUUACUUCUUCCCUUAAUCAAAUUGGUGAUACCUUUGAAAAGGCUUUCGAGGAAGGUCGCACUAUUGUGGAAAACAAGACUGCAGAUAUCAUCCAAGAAACUCGCAAACUGCAAAUCAGGCGAAAAGGUUCUGAGGCACAUAAUCAAGGUCCUGGUGAAAAUACUUCAUGGAUGCAACAGCCUACACAGCCACUGAACCAUGAAAAUCAAUUGAAGGCAUCUCGCGACGUUGCAAUGGCUACUGCUGCCAAAGCAAAACUUCUUCUGCGGGAACUGAAGACAGUUAAAGCAGACCUGGCUUUUGCUAAACAAAGAUGUUCACAGCUUGAAGAAGAGAAUAAGAUCCUUCGGGAGAGCUUUGAAAAGGGCAGCACUGCUGACGAUGAUGAUCUGAUCCGCCUUCAAUUGGAGACACUUUUGGCUGAGAAGGCCCGUCUAGCACAUGACAAUUCUGUUUAUGCUCGUGAGAACCGCUUUCUGAGAGAAAUUGUUGAAUACCACCAACUUACAAUGCAGGAUGUUGUUUAUUUGGACGAAGGCAGUGAAGAAGUCACAGAAGUUUAUCCCUUUACGAGGAUGCUUUCUGUUUCUCCACCCUCCUCCAGCUCACCUUCUGAGACCACAUUACGUUCACUAUUUGAGAAGGAAAUCCAUCCUGUCCCUGACCUACCACCAGAAACACAGGAGGUUUCAGAAAGUGAUGCCCCCCCAAGUGCAGGUGCACCUGCACUCAAGGAAGUAGAAGAAGAUGCAGGAAGAGAUGCCCCCCCAAGUGCAGGUAUGCCUGUCCAUAAGGAAAAAGAAGAGGCAAAACAUAUCCCUGCAAACAAGCAAGCAGAUGAGAAAAGCACUCCAAAGUCUCCAAUACACAAGGAGGAAAAGGAAAAAACAUCCUCAUCGGUAUCACCUGGCGUAAACAAGUAGUCCUAUCCAUCUCUGGCAUCAAUAGUUUUGUCCAAGGCUGGUUUUUUUCGUUUUUUCUUGGUUAUGUGACUGGUUAAAGCCAAGGUUUUGGGGAGAUUUUUUCUUUCUGGGGCAUCAUUCUUUAUUGUUUUGUGCAUGAAAUUGUGUAUGCAGUUGUGUAUUUGUUAUCAAAUAAAGUCUGAUUUUCCUUUCUCAUAUAA